AUGUCUGGCCGCGGGGUCGCGGCCCCCAGCGGUGGCGGCGAGAAUCGCGGAGGUUUUGUGCUCUGCUGUGUGCUUAUACUUUCCUUCUUUGUCCUGGUUUUCUGGGGUGUCUGUGGAGCCAGGGCAUUGGACAAUGGGUUGACAAUGACAUCUACUAUGGGCAGUUUGCACUGGGGGUGCUUCAUAUGCAACCUUGACUGCCAGGAAGAACCAGAUUCCUGCAUCAGUAAGCAGCUCUUCAUGCAGAUAGCAGAGCUCAUGGUUUCUGAUGGCUGGAAGGAUGCAACUAUGUAUAAGUGCCUCUGUAUUGAUGAGUAUUGAAUGGCUCCCCAACGAGACUCAAAAGGCAAACUUCAGGAAGACCCUCAGUGCUUUGCUGAUGGGAUCCACUGCCUAGCUAAUUAUAGCCAUAACAAAGGACUGAAGCUAGGGAAUUUAUGCAAAUGUGGAACUCAAACCCGCACAGGUUUCCCUGGUACUUUUGGAUACAAUGGUACUGAUGCCUAGAUCUUUAAAUGGGGAAGAGACCUGCUAAAAGUUGGUAGUGGUUACUGUGACAGUAGGGAACAUUUGGUAGACAAUUCUAUGUGUAUGUCAUUAGCUCUGAACAGGACUGGCAGAAGCAUUGUGUACUCCUGUGAGUGACGCCUUUAUAUCUGGGCUUUUCAUAAAUCUAACUACACAGAAAUCCAACAAUACUGCAAUAACUGGAGAAACUGCAGACAUUUAUGAUUCUGGCAAAGCCUGAAAAUUAUCUCAGACUGGACAGCUUCUAACCAGGAGAGAAUUAUUUAUGUUGCUGGACCAGGGGGUUGGAAGGACCCAGAUAAGUUAGUGAUUGGCAACUUUGACCUUAUGCUAACACAGAUGGCCUUCUGGGCUAUCAUGGCAAUUUCUUUGCUCAUGUCUAUUGACCUCAGGCACAUUAGCCCUCAAGCCAUAGCUCUAUUUCAGAAUCAGGAUGUAAUUGCCAUCAAACAUGACCCCCUGCUCAGAAAGGAAGACAAUAUUGAAAUAUGGAAUCUAUCUCUCUCCAACAUAGCCUGGACUGUGGCUAUAAUAAACCUGCAGGAAAUUGGCGGACUUCGCUCUCAUACUGUCUGA